GUGUUACAACACCUGAUGCACAACGUGGGGGAGCUGGGCGUGUCCGAUCAAAUAACCUACGACAUGAUCAGCCAUCUUGAUGCCAAAGUCCACAAUAUUACCGGAGUACAAGAGGUUGUUGGAAAGCAUGUCUUCAGUUUGGAGGAGACCGUGAUGCACCAAAAGAGAAGUAUGUUAUCAAUUGAAGAAUCGACAGAUAUUCUAAAGAGAAAACAGGAGGCAAUGAAUGGACGCGUGGUUUUAUUAGAAAGUGACGUCAAAGAACACGACCAAAGGUUAAACACGGUGGAGAUGAAAAGCGACACUCUAAACCAGACACAACAGGUAUAUUGGAAACGCCUUCGCCUGGUAGAGGUCAACUCAGCGUCUCGGACCAAAGUUGAUGAGAGAAUGGUGCUUUUAAUAAUUCUCAUAAUGGCUACCAUGGCAAUACAUUCCAUGUACAAUAUGUGUUACUACGAUGGAACCAACAAAUACUGAUGCUUACGGAAAUAACGAUCUGAAACAAUUAGGUAAUCACAUGGACCCAGUUUCAUGAACACUUGAUAGCGCAUUCUAUGAAUGAAAAAGUUAUCUUCUGGGCAGUUAUCCUGUGGUAAAGUAAUUGUCUCAAACACGGGAUGCACUUUUGUAUCUCUGAUAUCGCUAUCCAAUGGUUAAAAUGGAAACUUUGUUCAGUAUAUAUAUCAAAAGGAUAACACAUUUAGUGCAAAACGAAGAGCAAGUUCGAAUGUUAUUUACAUUUUAUACGAUUAAUGACUGAUUAUCCUAGCUGACAAGAUCCUAUGUUUCAUUGACGCAUUGCAGGACAGUACCUUUCUUAUCAGUUAUGGCGAUAAAUUAAAGUAACGAAGCUAGUUUUAUACAGGCGUAAAUUUCUAAAUGCUAAUAAUAAUAAA